AAGUUCAAGCCUAAAAUUCAGAGUGAUUUAUUCUAAUAGCAUGCAUACAUGUGAUAUAAACAAAUCCAAAGAUGAGCAUAUAACAUACACAAGAUCCAAUUAAGGUUAGCUGAGUGAGAAUCCUCACUACCCUCCCACAUGAAAUAGUAAAAUAUGAAGACAGGUGUUUAAUAUCAUAGGCAUGAUGAUUAGUAUUGAGUAGAAAAGUGUCAUCACCGCUUUUUCUGAAUUUACGAGUAGACUAGUUUAGCUCUCAAAAGUGAAGAUUAUUUUCCCUAUUGAGUAAAAAAAUUAAAGAGUGAAAGACUGAAAACUACAGCCCACCUGUGUUUAAUCAUUAACAGUGAUCCCUUCGGUGAACCUAGGUCGUGAUUUUGGAGUUUGGAAUCUGACCUUUCCCCAGAGAUAAACAUUAUCAUUGCAGGUUCCAAGGAGGGACAUUUCCUUGCUGCCAUCAGAAGAGUCCACUUCUUAGUGACUCCUUGCCGGGUACUGGAUGCAUUAGAGGGUGGAGAGUCAAUAUGAUUCUUCUAGCUGUGCUUUUUCUCUGCUUCAUUUCCUCAUACUCAGCUUCUGUUAAAGGUCACACAACUGGUCUCUCUUUAAAUAAUGACCGGCUGUACAAACUCACAUACUCCACUGAAGUUUUUGUGAAUCAGGGCAAAGGAAAGCUCCAAGACAGUGUGGGUUACCGAAUUUCAUCCAAUGUGGACGUCGUCUUACUGUGGAGGAAUCCUGAUGGUGAUGAUGACCAACUGAUCCAAAUCACGAUCAAAGAUGUAAAUGUUGAAAAUGUGAAUCAAAAGAGGGGAGAGAAGAGCAUUUUCAAAGGAAAAAAUCCAGCCAAAAUCAUAAGAAAAGAAAACUUGGAAGCUUUACAAAGACCUGUGCUCCUUCAUCUUGUCCAUGGAAAGGUCAAAAACUUCUACUCAUAUGAAAAUGAGCCAGUGGCUAUCGAAAAUAUCAAGAGAGGCCUGGCUAGCCUAUUUCAGAUGCAGUUAAGCUCUGGGACCACCAAUGAGGUAGAUAUCUCUGGGGAUUGUAAAGUGACCUACCAGGGUCAUCAAGACAAAGUGAUCAAAAUUAAGGCCUUGGAUUCAUGCAAAAUAGAAAGGUCUGGAUUUACAGCUAUAAAUCAGGUCUUGGGUGUCACUUCGAAAGCCACAUCUGUCACUACCUAUAAGAUAGAAGACAGCUUUGUUAUAGCUGUGCUUGCAGAAGAGACACAUGCUUUUGGGCUGAAUUUUCUACGCAGCAUUACAGGCAAAAUAGUAUCAAAGCAGAAAUUAGAGCUGAAGACGACCGAAGCAGGCCCAAGACUAAUGUCUGGAAAGCACAUAGCAGCCAUAAUUAAAGCAGUUGAUUCAAAGUACAAGGCCCUUCCCAUUGAGGGGCAGGUGUUCCAGAGCGAGUGUAAAGGAUGUCCUUCUCUCUCGGAGCACUGGCAGUCCAUCAGAAAACACCUACAGCCUGACAACCUCUCCAAGGCUGAAGCUGUCAGAAACUUCCUGGCCUUUAUUCAGCACCUCAGGACUGCGAAGAAAGAAGAGAUCCUCCAGAUCCUAAAGUCUGAAAACAAGGACAUUCUACCGCAGCUGGUGGAUGCUGUCACCUCGGCUCAGACCCCAGACUCAUUGGAUGCGAUUUUGGACUUUUUGGAUUUCAAAAGUAGCAGUAACGUUAUCCUUCAGGAGAGGUUUCUCUAUGCCUGCGGAUUUGCCUCCCAUCCCGACGAAGAACUCCUGAGAGCCCUCAUUAGUAAGUUCAAAGGUUCCUUUGCGAGCAAUGACAUCAGAGAAAGUGUUAUGAUCACCAUCGGGGCCCUCGUCAGGAAGCUGUGUCAGAGCGAUGGCUGCAAACUCAAAGGAGUGGUAGAAGCUAAGAAAUUAAUCCUGGGAGGAUUGGAAAAACCAGAGAAAAAAGAGGACAUCAUGAUGUACCUGCUGGCUCUGAAGAAUGCCCUGCUCCCAGAAGGCAUCCCGAUCCUCCUCAAGUAUGCGGAGACAGGAGAAGGGCCCAUCAGCCACCUGGCUACCACCACUCUCCAGAGAUAUGAUGUCCCUUUCAUAACGGAUGAGGUGAAGAAGACUUUGAACAGGAUAUACCAUCAGAAUCGCAAAGUUCAUGAAAAGACCGUGCGCACCACCGCAGCUGCUAUCAUUUUAAAUAACAAUCCAUCCUACAUGGAAGUAAAAAACAUCCUGCUCUCUAUUGGGGAGCUUCCCAAAGAAAUGAAUAAAUACAUGCUUUCCACUGUUCAAGACAUCCUACGUUUUGAAAUGCCUGCCAGCAAAAUGAUCCGUCGAGUUCUGAAGGAGAUGGUUGCUCAUAAUUAUGACCGUUUCGCCCAGAGUGGAUCUUCUUCUGCCUAUACUGGCUACAUAGGACGUAGUCCCCAUUCGGCAUCCACUUACGGUCUUGACAUUCUUUACUCUGGUUCUGGCAUCCUAAGGAGAAGUAACGUGAACAUCUUUCAGUAUAUUGGGAAGUCUCAUCUCCAUGGUACUCAGGUGGUCAUUGAAGCCCAAGGACUGGAGACCUUAAUUGCUGCCACUCCCGAUGCGGGGGAGGAGAACCUUGACUCCUAUGCUGGCCUGUCAGUCAUUCUCUUUGAUGUGCAACUCAGACCUGUCACUUUUUUCAACGGAUACAGUGAUUUGAUGUCCAAAAUGCUAUCAGCAUCUAGUGACCCUGUCAGUGUGGUGAAAGCACUUGCUCUGUUGAUAGAUCAUUCCCAGGAGCUUCAGUUGCAAUCUGGACUGAAGGCCAAUAUAGACGUCCAGGGUGCUCUUGCCAUUGAUAUUUCAGGUGCAAUGGAGUUUAGUCUGUGGUAUCGUGAGUCAAAAACUCGAGUGAAAAAUCUGUUGGCUGUGGUAAUAGCUGGUGACGUCACUGUGGACUCCUCUUUUGUGAAAGCCGGCCUGGAAAUCAGUGCCGAAACAGAGACCAGCAUGGAGUUUGUCUCCACCGUGCAGUUUUCUCAGUACCCGUUCUUAGUCUGCCUGCAGAUGGACAGGGCUGAGGCUCCAUACAGGCAAUUUGAGACCAAGUAUGAAAGGCUGUCUACAGGCAAAGGAUACGUCUUACGGAAAAGAAAAGAAAUGCUGGUGCCAGGAUCUGAAUUCCCUCUCCACCAAGAGAAUGCUGAUAUGUGCAAGGUGGUGUUUCCCCCUCAGCCGGAGAGUGCUUCCAGCGGUGGGGGCUGGUUUUGAAACUGAUUGGUGAUGUUUCACUUGAAUUCAUCUCCCCAGGAGGGAAACCAUGUGACAUGCCUCAGUGCUUGCUCUCUGAGAGCACAGUGUUUACAUAUUUACCUGUAUUUAAGAUUUUUGUAAAAAGUUGUGAAAAACCUCAAAUGACCAAAUUUGGACCUAUUCAGAAUACUAACAGUAUCAAUUUUGAGCCAAAAUAAUGUGAUACUUUUAGCAAAUUCUAUUUGAUAUAGUGAGAAUUGUUCUUCCCUAUAAAGAAACUAUUGUUUAUUUAAAAAAUACCAUACACACACUCAGAAGAACCCAAUUUUGUUUCAAUAAUUUUCAGUGUGUAUGUAGCCCUUGAUAGAACCUUAAACAUGUAUUGUUUCUACCAAACAUAUUCCUGCAGGAAACAAAACAAAACAAAACAAAACAGACCUUUUUCCAUGGGAGGUGUGAGGGAACAAGACUUUUAAAUACUUUUUUCAGCCAGCUUCAUGAAUUGAUAUUUAUCUCUCUGUUGUUAGUUUUAUUGAGCAUUGAGGGAGAAGGCAUACAACAUUAACAUACCAUCUUAUCUUUCUGCUGACCACAUAGUCAGUCCUCUGCAUUCCGCCCUAUAAAAACACUGGACUUAGCACAUAAGAUUUAGAGAUAUUAAUUUCAGAAACUCCAUUUGAUUUUUUUGUGUGCUGUGUCUCUUGGAGACCGUAAUGUGGUGCACUGUCCUUUAUAAGGGACAUCUUGAUGUAGUCAUCAUUUUAUCUUUUCUUCAGCUGUUUGGUCAUGAAAGUUCUAGUCUGUGUGACUACAAUCUGUACACAAUCCAGAGUUGGCUGAGAGAAUUUAGUACUGAUAGAUUUGGACUUCUAAAAUAUGAAAUCAAGGAAAGAUUUUUAUUUGUUCAAAUUAGAAGAGGCAUGUUAAACAUUUUUAAAUAUUUAUUAAUGAAAAGUGUGUUUAUAGUAAUAAACCCAAAACAGAUAACAGAUGUUCAUUUGUUUAUUAAGUAUACACAAACACAUGCGCGCGCACACACGCACCACAGAAAUUGAUCUAGCCUAUUAUUGGCUGUACAUUUAAAAUGAUGUGUGAUGAAAUAAAUAUGUGGAAAUCCUA